AUGAAGCAAAAACCCACCAUACCUUCAGCCGAAACGGAGGCAGACCGCCUCAGGCUCAAAUGCAAAGAUCUCAAGCAGAGAAUAGGUCAACUAGAAGGUACGAGUGAGCUCGCGUCUUUAGCUGUAGGUCGCCUCCGUUACCUAGUUCGUCGCUCCCGGUUUGAGUACACUUUACUAUUACAUAUGCUCAAUGAAGCAGAUUUCAGUUCCAAUUCAGACUCAAGAGCGACUCUCUUACAAAGCUAUUUUCAAGACGUUGACCUUUCCAAGGUGUUGGUUAAUAAAGGAACAUCAAAGUCUCCACAACAUUUACCUGUGCUUUCUACAAAGAAAGCUAAACGUCCACCUAAGAAACCACGAGAUCCAGAUUUGCCAAAACGGCCAACUAACGCAUAUUUGAUUUUUUGCGAUCUGGAGAAAGAUAAGAUUCGAAAGAGUUUGCAACAUGAUCGUGAUGUUGCUCAACCAGGGGAAGGCGUGCACAAGGGCAACAUAGAUCUUUCUCGUGGCCUAAGUGAUGCAUGGAAGUUAUUGGACGAGGAGAGUCGUAAACCCUACUAUGCUCUCUACGAAGAGGAUCGGCGGCGUUACCAGAGAGAGCUAAAAGAGUAUCAGCGCAAAAAAGUUGAAGAAGAGUCACCUACUAAGAAGCAAAAAGUGGAGCGCUUGCCCUUGCCGUUGAGCAUGGAACUGGAUUCAAAUGCAGUGGAUGUUGAUGUUGAUAACGAAGUCGGAGCGAGUAUUGAUGCGGAAGCAGAUGCUGAAACCGACGUUUAUGUCGACGCUGACAUUGAUCAUGAUAUUGACUCUAUCCUCGAUCCAUCUGAUAAAAAUUAUAUGCUUCUUGGCACUAAACCAACGGAUGCACCGGCUGAUAAUUUUCAAGAAGACAUUAAAAAGAAGGCAACGACCUAUCCUCAUAUGGUAGAUGCCAGUGUGCAUGACUGGUCUCCUUCAGUAACUGCAAGUUCAUCAACUGAUCAAACUGUCGGUUCGAGUCGAGUUGUUAAGGGCGAUGAGUCCCUACGAGAUGUUUCAAAAAAAGACACAACAGAAUUCAGGGAUAAUGAAUCUUCCUUUUCAUAG